AUGAAAAUUCAAAAUGAAGUAAACUAUUUUCCUUCCUCUACCACCCUUCCCAUUUUCUCUCUCUCUCUCUCUACCACCCUUCCCAUUUUCUCUCUCUCUCUCUCUACCACCCUUCCCAUCUCUCUCUCUCUCUCUCUCUCUACCACCUUCCCAUUUUCUCUCUCUCUCUCUCUCUCUCUCUCUCCUCUCUCUCUCCUCUCUCUCUCUCUCUCUCUACCACCCUUCCCAUUUCUUCUCUCUCUCUCUCUACCACCUUCCCAUUCUCUCUCUCUCUCUCUCUACCCCUUCCCAUUUCUCUCUCUCUCUCUACCACCCUUCCCAUUUCUCUCUCUCUCUACCACCCUUCCCAUUUCUCUCUCUCUCUCUACCACCCUUCCCAUUUCUCUCUCUCUCUACCACCCCUUCCAUUUCUCUCUCUCUCUCUCUCUCUCCACCCUUCCCAUUUCUCUCUCUCUCUACCACCCUUCCCAUUUCUCUCUCUCUACCACUCUUCCCAUUUCUCUCUCUCUCUACCACUCUUCCCAUUUCUCUCUCUCUACCACUCUUCCCAUUUCUUUCUCUCUCUACCCACACCUCUCUCUACCCCUCUCUCCAUUUAUCUCUCUCUCUCUCUACCUCCGUCUUCAUUCUUUUUUCCUCUCUCCCUCCCUUUCUCUCGAAUUGACGUAUCUACGUUAUUAUUCAUAA